AUGCUUAAGGAAUUGAACGAAGGAGAGAAGAGAAUAGGAUUUCGAAUAAACCGAAAGAAGGCUCAGUUCACAAAGAAAGUCUUCUGCGAGGGUGGAGGAGUACAACUUAAAGGCUCUCAAAUUGUGGGAACUUCGUCAUACGUAUUCUUUCGACGUUCUAUGAAUAUGGAAAACAACAUAAAGGAAGAACUGAAUACAAAGAUGAGAAUAGCGUUGGCAGAAUUCGCAACCGUCAGGGAAGCUAAAGACCAAAUGACAGAAAAAGAUCUGCGUGGCCAUCUGUGCGACUCCACAUCUCUUACAGCGCUCUGUUACGCAGUGAAGAAUUGGGCAGACACCCCUGCCACAUCUAGAAAACUACUCACUAGCCCUUAA